CUUGCCGGGACGGGGAGGGAGGCCCGAGUCCGCCCUCCCUGCCGGGCCCCGCCGGGCUCCGUCUGCCCGCCCGCCGGUUCCUGCUGCUGCUGCUGCUGCUGCUGCUGCGCGUCCCGCCGGCGUAAUGGCAACCUACACUUGUAUCACUUGCCGUGUGGCUUUCAAGGAUGCUGACAUUCAGCGUGCCCAUUACAAAACUGACUGGCAUAGAUACAACCUGAAGCGUAAGGUUGCUGAAAUGCCUCCUGUCACUGCUGAGAAUUUCCAAGAGAGAGUCUUAGCUCAGAGAGCAGUAGCAGAGGAGCAGAAUAAAAUCACUGCCACUUACUGCACAGUUUGCAGCAAGAGAUUCUCCACUUUCAAUGCCUAUGAGAAUCACUUGAAGUCUAAGAAGCACCUGGAGCUGGAGAAGAAGGCUGUUCAAGCUGUCAACAAGAAGGUGAAAAUAUUAAAUGAGAAGAACCUGGAAAAGGGACUGGCCCCGGAGAGUGUAAACAAAGAUGAAAUGAACGCAGCUAUUCAGCAAGCCAUCAGAGCUCAGCCGUCUUCUUCUCCCAAGAAGACACCUUUGCCUCCUAGUACUGCAAAUAGGUCUCCAGUUUCUACAAGAAGCACCAGCUUACCACAGAGUAGAGAACGACUGGAGAAACCUCCACGUCUGCAGUGGUUUGAGCAGCAAGCAAAGAAGCUGGCCAAACAACAAGCAGAGGAAGAGGAGGAUGUAGAAGAAGACUGGGAAGACAUGGAUUCUGAUGAAGACAUCAGCUCUGAAGAAGAGAUGGAAAGUGUGGGAGAAGAAGAGGAGGAGCAGGCAGAAGCUGAAAGCACUCCUGCUGUUGGGGCCAUACCAGUUACAGACUGCUUGUUCUGUUCCCAUCAUUCAAGAUCUCUCACAAAAAAUGUGGCCCAUAUGACAAAAAUUCACAGUUUCUUCAUUCCAGACAUAGAGUACCUUGUGGAUCUCAGAGGACUAAUCAAGUACCUCGGAGACAAAAUUGGUGUUGGGAAAAUCUGCAUCUGGUGCAAUGAAAAAGGGAAAUCCUUCUACUCUACAGAAGCAGUACAGGCUCACAUGAAUGAUAAAAGCCACUGCAAACUCUUCACAGAUGGAGAUGCUGCCCUGGAAUUUGCCGACUUCUAUGAUUUUAGGAGCAGUUACCCUGAUCACAAGGAUGGGGAAGAUGGGGAGGUGCCUGGAGAGCAAUCAACAGAGAGAGAGCUGGAUUAUGAUGAUGACACCAUGGAGCUGAUCCUUCCGUCUGGUGCAAGAGUGGGGCAUCGUUCUUUAAUGAGGUACUACAAGCAACGGUUUGGUCUGUCAAGAGCAGUGGCUGUUGUGAAAAACAAGAAAGCAGUGGGUCGGGUGUUGCAGCAGUACAGAGCUUUGGGCUGGACAGGUCAGACAGGGGCAGUCUCUGCUCAGCAGCGUGAUAUGCAGUACCUGCAGAGGAUGAAGUCAAAGUGGAUGCUCAAGACAGGAAUGAGUAACAAUGCAACAAAGCAGAUGCAUUUCCGGGCACAAGUCAGAUUCUGAGUUCUCAACUGAGCUGCGUGGAACUGGUUUUGGAAAGGGGGAUUUAAUGGUUUCUGGCUUGAGAAUGACAUCAUUAAAAUUGAUUUGGUACCUAUCAAAUGGGAA